CGUGAACAUUAGUUGUAAGUUUUAUCAAAAGAUAGCACAGUUAUUAAAGUUCAGGCGAAAAUGAUUAAAACGAAGGAAAUGUUUUAAAGGGAUUUAAGAAUUCUUUUAUUUAAAUCUGAGCUCAGUAAUUUUAAAAGAACACUCGUGUGGAGUAAACGAUGAACUGGUUAUUGUCAAUUUUCCUGUUUGUUUACAAGUUUGGUGUUUCAAGUGCUGGACGCUGCGAUACUAAGUUCAGUAAUGCAAACUUUAUAAAUGAUUUCGAAUUUCAUGCGUCAAGCGAGACCACGAUUAACAAUGCAAAUGACAUGUUUACCGCUGGCUGGUGCCCGGAUCAACACAAUGGUUCACCAAACAUUGAUGUUGAUUUUAAACAAUCAUAUGGUAUACGUGCCAUUCUCGUCAGUGAUGUCGGAGGCAAUUAUUCAAGAAACACAUUAGUGAAAUAUGUACCUAAUGGGGGAUAUGUCAACAAUUUUGUGAAUUUUCCCUUGCAGACAGGAAAACUGGAGAUUCAGAUGUCUCAACCAGGAACUGUACAGACUGAUUUUGGUCAAAGUAUUGCAGUCAGGAAACUACAAUUCACAAUACAGGGUUUCCAUGGUGACUCGUGUUUAAAGAUUGAUUUGAUUGGAUGCCCAAUUGACGAAGUAUGUCCAGGAGGGUGCUUAAACAACGGAAUCUGUGUGAUGCAGGAUACAUGUCAAUGUGCUCAAGGAUAUCUCGGAAACAAUUGUGAAAACAAAGAAUGUCAUCCGGAAAACCUCGGGCUAUCGACUGGUAUUAUCGGAGCAGACGAUAUUAAGGUAUCGUCACAGGACCCUGUAUACAACAAAGGAGAACUUGGAAACUCUGAAUCAAAGAAUGGGUGGUGCCCAGCAUUGGGUGAUAAUCACCCGUGGGUAGAGAUUAAACUUGACCAACCUAAAGCUGUAAGUGUGUUUAGUUUCAUGUGGUCCAAACAAGGCAAUAAGAAAAUAAUGACAGAAUUCGAGUUUCAGUAUGUUUCACCCAUUGACUCUUCACGGCGAUUCAGAACAUUUGCCACGGAAAUACCUGCAAUGAACAGCACACACAUCUUUACUGUAACUACUCAACCUGUUGUAGUAACAGAUAAUAUCCGUAUAAUACCUUCAAAAUGGAUUGAUAGAGCUUGUUUUAAGUUGGAGGUCCAAGGCUGUGAUCCUAAAGAAUUAUGUUCCCUAAGUUGGUGCCAGAAUGGUGGCACCUGUAUGGGUGAAAAUAUUUGUAUUUGUCCACAUGGGUUCGUUGGAAAUCGAUGUGAAAAACCGGCUGAUGAAAUUAAGGCAACAAAUAUGACAUUUGUAAAUAUUGAAAACAACGUCAUAAUAACAACAACAACUACCUUGAAGUUCACUGUUACUGGAAAUGUAAAGUUUGAAGUGGUAGGCACAAGACCGGUUGUAACAAUAAAUGGCACUGACAGCUUCAUUAAACUGAAUCAAACUAACGGACAGGCGUCCUGUAUAACAGAUGUCAACCUAUGUAACAAUGGUUUCACAUUCACAAUUGACGUCAACUUUGGUCAUCUCCUUGACAACACGUACAUUGUUUCGAGCGGAGGUCAUCUUCUUGGACAUAGUGGCCUUACGUUAUAUUACACAAAUAAACAACUUGUUUACAUAGUCAGCACAACGACACAAAAGUGGACAUUAGUCACCAAAUAUGAGCCUGUCUUACAUAAGUGGCAACAUUUUGAGAUCACCUGGAGCAAACACCUAGGAGUAGAAUUACUCGUCGAUGGUCAUUCACUUGGUUCAAACUCAAGACCUAGUGGUAACUCUGGUGGUAAAGUUGUAGAUCUGUGCAUUGGAUGUAGCCAUACUUCUGUUAAAGUCAAUGUCAAUAUACAGAUAACAGGAAUUCAUACUUGGACGAUCGAUCGGACCGAACUUGUAAAUGCUGGGGUCAAGGACCCACCUUCAACAACCCCAGCACCUAAACCUACAACAACAAUGGCUUCUACAACAUCUCAAGCAACAACAACACCAACAACUCUAGCAACGACAACAACAAAGGAUACUAAAACAACAACUAUUGCAACCACAUCUCCAGCACCACCAACCUGCACACCGGUGGAUUUGGGACUGGCUAACGGUACAAUAGGAAAUGAUCAAAUCAGCGUUUCAUCAGAGGACUCUGAAUUUAACAAGGGACAAAUAGGGAACUCUGACUCUAUGAAGGGCUGGUGUCCGUCUCAAACUGACCUCCAUCCAUGGGUACAGAUAAAGUUAGAUGAACCAAAAGCUGUCAGUGUUUUCAGUUUUACGUGGUCAAAUAAGGGCAACAAGGACAUAAUGACAGAGUUCGAGCUUCAAUAUAUAUCAGCAAUUGACACAUCUAGAAGAUUUAGAACAUUUGCGACGGCGAUACCAGCAAUGAACAGUACAACAGUUUUCAUUGUGACCAUAAUACCCUUAGUCGUCACUGACACAAUUCGUAUCAUACCAUCAAAAUCAGAGGGCAGGGCUUGUUUUAAACUCGAAAUCAAAGGCUGUGAUCCAAAAGCUCUAUGUUCCGACAACUGGUGUCAGAAUGGAGGAACCUGCAUGGGAGAAAACGUUUGUUUGUGUCAAAAUGGAUAUGUUGGCAGUCGGUGCGAAAAACAAGUGACUGACAUCAAGGUGACCAACAUGACCUUCGUAAAUAUUUCAAACAACGUCAUAAUAACAACAACUACUACUCUGAAUUUCGCUAUAACAGGGACAGUUAAUUUUGAAGUUGUGGCAAACAAACCAAUUGUCAGUAUAAAUGGAAACGAUAGUUUUAUUACCCUUACCCAAACCACAGGAUCACCAUAUUGCGUUACCAAUGUUAACUUAUGUAACAACGGUUUCACAUUAACAAUUGACGUCAACUUUGGACAUCUCCUUGACAACACGUACAUUGUUUCGAGCGGAGGUCAUCUUCCUGGACAUAGUGGCAUUACGUUAUAUUACACAAAUAAACAACUUGUUUACAUAGUCAGCACAACGACACAAAAGUGGACAUUAGUCACAAAAUAUGAGCCUGUCUUACAUAAGUGGCAACAUUUUGAGAUCACGUGGAACAAACACCUAGGAGUAGAAUUACUCGUUGAUGGUCAUUCACUUGGUUCAAACUCAAGACCGAAUGGUAACACUGGGGGUAAAGUGGUUAAUCUGUGCAUUGGAUGUAGCCAUACUUCUAUUAACGUCAAUGUCAAUAUACAAAUAACAGGAAUUCAUAGCUGGACCAUCGAUCGGACCGAACUUGUGAAUGCCGGAAUCAAAGAUCCUCCCGUUACAACACCUUCACCUACAACGACACCAGCGACGUCUCCCACUUCAACAACAACUCCCAAACCAACAUCUCCUCUACCGUUUCUGGAGUACAACUUAACAUUCGUGUCAAUAGUGGAUAAUAUCUUAAUCACACCAACAUUCAACUUUACCUUGCAUAACAAACCAACACUUGAACUGCUAAACAAUAGCCACACUGUUCUUGAUUUAAACUGUACCAAAGACCAAUAUGUUGAAUUACCCGAACAGGGUAUUCCUUGUUUAGAAGACUUAUCGGACUGUAAGAAGGGCUUCACAUUCAAAAUAGCAGUUCAGUUUACGAAGCUCGAGCCCGCAAAGAAGGCAUAUAUUCUUUCCAGUGGUGGGGAUGUACCUGGUGCAAGCGGUAUGGCAAUAUAUAUCCAAAACAGUCAGCUGAUCUUUGGUGUUAAAUUCGGGUUCCAACACUGGACUGGCACCUAUAACAUGACAGGUAUCGUUCAAACAGACGUUUGGUACAAGCUUGAGGUCAGCUGGAGCGCCAAUAAAGGUGUUCUGGUUUUAAUAGAUGGAUACCAGGUUAUCAAAAACAAUGCAUGGACACCAAGUCCUAUAGUACCUGCCACUAAUCCUGUUCUAAUUGGCAAAACGGAGGGUUCAAAUGAGACAACCUGUAUGAAAGUAAAAGACCUGUUUACAUGGACUGUCGAACGAGAAGUUUUGGUUGAUCACGGCAUAGUGCAAGCCCCUAAAAGUACACCUGCUCCAACGACUCAAUCUACAACAACAACGCAAAAACCUACAACAACUAUUCCUACUACAACCCAAAUACCUGUUCCCACUUACACCUGGAAUUUUACAAGCAUAACGAAUAAUGUCAUUAUCGGAAAUCAUUAUAAUUUGACUGUACAUGGCGGCCCUGAUGUUUCAAGUGGUGGAAUUCUGAUUAACAGCUCAACACAGUAUAUAGAGUUCGGAUCCCAUGAGAACAAUUGUUUGAUUAAACCAGAUUCUUGUUUGCAUGGUCUUACCAUUUCAUUCACAAUUAAAUUUCAUAAAUUUGAAGAGAACACCUACUUCUUUACAAGCGGUGGUCAACUCCCUGACGGUGUUGGUCUUGCAGUGAUAUACAGAUUCGGUAAAAUACAGUUCAUUCUGACAACAGUUACCCAGUCGUGGUUUAUCAACUGUGGUAAAAAUCAUGUUCGACCAAAUCAGUUCCAUACAAUAAUGGUAUCAUGGCAAGUGAAUAUAGGUCUUGAAGUAUUUGUCAACAAUAUUUUGAUCGAAGCAACUAAAGUUCCUUUACCGCACCAGUCAGCUUUAGUUAAUGCUACCACAGUUUACAUAGGUAAACAGCCGUCUACGACUAUUAAAGUGGACUUCGUACUCCAGAUUGUUACCAUAUGGUACGUUCACGUUGAUAUAUUGGUGGAGCAAGGCAAAUGCGAACCUCCUGUUCGUCCAACUACUGCUCCCCCAUCACAGUCAACAAAAUUAACCACAGCAACACCGAUCCCUUCUGCAAGUUCUAGUAAAGCAACCUUCACAUCAUUGAUUACCACAAAGGGAACCACUCAACAAUGUCCUGCAGGAUGUGUCAGUGUAGCAACUACACAGCCUCAGACUCCUUCAAAACAGACUGUAACAACAGCGAAGCCAUCCGCAACAACAGUAAAGCCAACUGAUGCUUCAACCCAGCCACCUGUCACAGCGACAUCGAAAUUACCUACGACCACAAAAAAGCCGACAACCAAACCUCAACCUAAACCAACAACUACUAUAAUGGUGCCAACGCCUGACACUGCAACACCACCACCUCCUACAACAAGAAAACCUAUUCCCGAAUAUAGUGCUAUACCAAACUUGCAUGUUACAGUUGAGAAAGAUAAAAAUGCUUAUUUAGCCUGUACAUUCAAAACAACUUCACAGAAAGACGUGCAAAUCAAGGCUACCCUGUAUGUAGAAAACAAGAUCAGGCUGGUCUUAUCAGUAUCUGCCACUACUGGUGUAGCUAUGUUUGCUGUGUCGAAAGUGGACAUGCAUCUAUAUAACAAACAGAUUCGAUGUUCAAUAGCCGCCCAUUAUAUCGGCAGCGUUAUAACAACGACCACCUACUACAGCAACAUAUUUACACCAAUUAUCACAGUUACACCAGGUCGUGUUAUAGUUACAGAAGGUCACUCUAAAGAGUUCGUUACCGUGACCUCUACUGCACCACCACAAUUUUAUUGUUGUCAAGGAUGCAAGGGUCAAUGUCAGGUUCAUAUUGUAGGAUCAUUCCACUACGAUAGACAUUAUCAAAAGUGUAACAAGAAAGUGAUUGCUCAAGCACUUAUAGAAAGUACUAAGCCGCCGAAUUUUAACGAACAAAUAUGUGGAUAUGCUCUCACAAUAACAAACUGGAACCAGCAGAAUAAGAUCUACAUAGUAGCAACAAUUGAUGGCCGACGUGAUGGUGAUCAUACCAACGACCUAGAUAUCAUAGCUAAUGUGUAUCACCAACCACAAACAGCCCAGAUAACUGUUACACCGAACAGUUUUACAGUCACUACUAUAAAGGUAACAGUUAAAGACAACGAUCACGGAACUGCCCAGUGUAAAUCUGUGAACGAUCCUCAUAUGAUGACGUUCGAUGGACAACAUUACAACAACAUGGUAGAAGGAGAGUUUGUACUGUUCAGACACACCAGUCUUCCCUUUGAGGUAAGAGCUGUUUACUACAAGUGCAGUAAAAGGUCACAUGCCACGUGUAAUUGCGCAGUUGCUGUUAAAUCUGGCGAUGACGUAAUUACUGUAACCGGUUGCCAAGGAACAACCCAUGGUGGGCAUCCAGGUCAAGGUCACGGUAUAGGGUUACUUCUUCAACAAAUGUUUGGUACACAUGGUCAUGCUCAUGGACAUGGACAUAACGACGAACUCGCUAAAACACCCAUGACUAUACAGAUCUAUAAGAAUGGGGAAUUAACACCUGGAACUUACAUUAGAAGAAUUGGCUGCGGACAGAAAUAUGAGAUUGAGCUGCCUACAGGAAUGGUUGUGACGGUCCAGCAGAGUUGGAAACCAUUCAUUAAUAUUUGGAUUAAAGCUUCCAGUUCUGAUAGAAGACAAGCAGAAGGUUUGUGUGGCGACUUUGAUGGCUCUAGAAGUAACGAUUUGAAACCAAACACCAAUGCUGUUAUCAACAAAUGGAAGGUUUCUACCAGUACCAAUUUCUUUUACGGGGUCGGUGUAUCGUCCCAUUCAGUAACAUCUAUAUACUGCAGCUGUGUGAAAGAUAGAGAAGGUGUUUGUUUAGCUGGACUAGGUGCUCAAAGAUGUACUAAUUCAAGGUAUGAUGUUACAGCCACGUUAGUUAGACAGGCAAAACGACCUGUACUCAACAGACACAAGCGUCAAGUCAAUACAGAACCAACUGUACCUGCUACCAUUAUACCACCAGAUGGAACUGAUGUUUCACUUGAACAAGCUGAAAAAGAAUGUUAUAAUAAGAUAAUGGAAAGCACAAUAACAAAGUCGUGUACUCCAAUCCUGACUUCAAAUCUGACCCAACAAAUAGACAAUUGUGCCCAUGAUUACAAUGCCACAGGAAAUAUAGAAUGGGCCACUGAUGCUAUAAGAGAUAUAAUUGUUGACUGUGUGGACGCGGCUAACACGAUUAGAGUUGCUAAUGAGACUGGAAAUACAAACGUAACUGAUGAACUUCCUGAUGGUAUUGGCGAUAUCCUAGAAAAUCUUAAAGUUUGCGUUGAAGAAUGUGGGGAACAUGGAAACUGUGAAGAUGGUGUGUGUGUUUGUGAGGAUGGAUAUUCUGGAAUCAGCUGUGACAUUUCGAAAGCAACAAUACCAACUGUCUUCUCUGCUCCUUUCUUGUGUGAUGUAAUUGAUACUUCUGACUGUAUGGCAGCACCAGUUUAUGGGGACAACUUUGUUGAGUCCGAGACCCUUACGUGUCAUUACGAAUUUGUAAAGAUUGGUGAAACAGUAGAAUUGAGCGGGGAAGAAGGUCACACGAGAGCUAUUUAUAUCUCGAUCAACCAUAUCACAUGUCCGUUGCCAAAGAGGCAAAGUGCCCGGAUAAGUGUCAGCAAUGAUGGAAACAAACGAAGUAAUGAAACUACAGUACAUGUUGUAUUUAACCCUGUUUGUUUCGAGUGUACUGCAACACCAAAUGAAACACUAAUGUGUAUUAGAAAGGAGGACAACUGUUUGAUAAACAAUGAAUGUUAUGAAACUGAUGCCACACGACCAGGAGAUGUUUGUCAGAUAUGUCGACCGGUAGCCGACUCGACUGCAUGGUCAAAAAAUAACAUUGAUGAGUGUAUGUCUGUCCCAGUGGCAGUUGUGAAGGACAAUGAUAAAGAGAAGACACAAAUACUUGCUCUAGCUAUAGCAUGUGGUGUAUUAGCGGCAAUCAUCUUCAUAGGCUGUAUAUACUGUGUCAGAUCUAAGAUGGGGAAGGAACCUAAGAAGGGAGAAUCCGGGGAGUAUGAUUUUACAGGAUCACAGAAACUUCACAGAGAUCCAUUUAUGACCACAAAUAAUCCUACAUACUUCUAUGAUGAAAAACUAUAAACGAUGAAAAUAACCGUUCAAACAUUUACUGGUACAUGUAUAUAUCUCACCAGACACUGAACGUAUAAAGAAGCUCACGUCCAGAGUGACGUUACUUUUCGUGAAAACUUAUAAAUGGUUUAUUGUUCCAAUGAGUAAAUAUGUUGUCAAAUGUACAAAUUAAGUGUUUUAAUCUGGUUAUCGGCAGAAAUUACCUAUAACUUGCCAAAAUAUACAGAAUUUCCCUUACUCUGUUAGUAAUAGGUUGGAAUUUAAUAAAAAACAUCUAGUAUCUUAUGUCUUAUUUAGCUCAGUAUAUUGUGAAUAUAGCUUUCUUAAACUUUAAAAAAAAUAAUGUUCUUAAGUUCGAAAAGUGUACUAUAAGUUUUAUUCUUUUAUUCCUGCGGUUGCAACGAUAAAGUGCACGAAAUUACAUGACUUUUUGAAAUUAAUAAAGACAGAAAAUUCCUUCUUCCAAUUAUUAUGAUCUAGUUUUAUGUUGUCAUUAUGGAAUUCUAAUACUGUUGAAUAUAUUCUAUCUUUAAUAUAUGUUAGUUUGGACUACGCAGAUGUAUUCAGUAUGUAUGUUCCGUUAAUCCUUUAUGUCCUGAUAAAAUGUGCUUCAAAUAGUUAAAAUAAUAGCUUUAUACUGAUUUUGUAAAUUGACUUAACUAAACGUACAAAACGACAAUUUUAUAUAAAGGCGCUGACCACUAUAUGAAUUUAUUGUAACUACUUUAAACAAUAUUGCUUAUUUGAAAAUAUUCUGUUCUAAAAAUUUCUUGAUAGAGCAUUCUAUAUACAUGUACCAUGUGAGACUUGAUAUUUGCGUGAGUUUAGUCCACAAGUAAAGUGAGUAUGAAAAGAGUUUAAAUCAGUGGAAUGUAGAAUUCUAAACCAUUAAACAUUUUAAAGGACUCGAAAAUUGUAAAUCACUUGAUAAAGAAUUGAGCACUUGUAAAUCAUUCUGUAAUUAUGAACACUCCGAAAUUGUAAAUUUAACGAGAAUUGAGAAUCACUCGAGAAUAAUUAAAAGAUCAUUAACUACUGGAAUCUCUUAUAUAAUCAUAUAAUCGAUUCUAUUGAAGCACAUUUUAUAAAUACUUUUAACUCAUUUUAAUUACAUAAAUAAUUCGAUUGCAAUAGUAUUUCUGUAAUUUCACUGAAAGUUUUAGUACUAUAUAUUUAUAGCUUGUUAAAUAUGUUUGUGAAAUAUCAUCUUGAUUUGUUUCACUGUCAUCCUCUUUUUGUUGUAUCAUUCCUUACUUCAAAAAUAUACUAGCACAUGCAUUUCAAUAUAUAUUCUUGUAAGACCAUCUCUUAUUGAGUGGAACUGUAAAUGUUUAAUCAAGAAAAGUCACAUGGUUUUGUCAUUCGUGUGUAAAGUAUACCGACCUUGCAAUUUAAAACGAAUUUUGUCUCGAAUUAUACAUCUUGCCUGAAAACUAUGUAGUCAGCCUAAAUUUGCCAUUGUUUUGUUAUUGGAAAGUAGUUAUGUUUCAAUAAAAAUUCAAAACAUUA